CUAGCUGCUGGUAAUACAGUGAAAUUGAAAGUCAUGAACAGUACUGUUAAUGACAAGAUUACCAGAAACCCCACUACUGGAGACCUCUAAGAUUUAAAAAAUGGGAUGGUCUAGCAUAUUGCUCUUAGGCAAUGUUCUAAUCCUAUGGCUCUAUACUGCCAAAGGAGAAAAAGAAAUAACAUGCAGACCUCCUUCUAUUGAAAAUGGUGACUACUCACCUAAAAGGAUCAAACACAGAGCUGAUGAUGUAAUCAGAUACAGAUGUGAAGAUGGCUUCUAUCCUGCAACCCGGGAAACUGUUGCAAAGUGUACGAGUACUGGCUGGAUCCCUGCUCCAAGAUGUAGCUGGAAACCUUGUAAUUUUCCACGAAUCAAAAAUGGAGGUCUAAAUAAUGAAGAGAACCACGGAUUCUAUAGGUACUACUUCCCAACACUUAGAGGAAUGAAGUUCAGUUAUUACUGCAAAAGAGGAUUUUUGACUCCUUCAGGGACAAAGAGGGACUACAUUCGCUGCACUGCACAAGGUUGGGAGCCUGCAGUUCCAUGCCUCAAAGCAUGUUCAAAGUCAGAUAUAGAAAUUGAGAAUGGUUUUUUUUCUGAAUCUGAUCUUGCAUAUCAUCUAAAUAAAACAACACAGUAUAAGUGCAAACAGGGAUAUGUAACCGCAAAUGGGAAAACAUCAGGACCAAUUACUUGUCUACAAAACGGAUGGUCAUCUCAACCUUCAUGCAUUAAGUCUUGUGAUAGGCCUAUAUUUGAGAAUGCUGGAACUCAAAGUAAUAGCACAUGGUUUAAACUCAAUGACAAAUUAGACUAUGAAUGCCAUGUUGGAUAUGAAAACAGACAUAAAGAUACCAAAGGCUCCAUAACUUGUAAUUAUGAUGGAUGGUCUGAUAAACCCUCAUGCUAUGAAAGAGAAUGUAGCAUUCCCCUACUAGAUCCAAACUUAAUCGUCGAUCCCAAGAAGGAAAAAUAUAAAGUUGGAGAUUUGCUGAAAUUUUCCUGCCGACCAGGACACAGAGUUGGACCAGAUUCAGUGCAAUGCUACGACUUUGGAUGGUCCCCCAGUUUCCCAGCAUGUAAAGGUCAAGUAGGAUCAUGCGUUCCGCCUCCUGAACUCCUCCAUGGGGAAGUUAAGGGAACAAAGAAAGAAGAAUACGGCCAUGAUGAGGUGGUGGAAUAUGAUUGCAAGCCUGGAUUUCUUCUGAAGGGACCCAAUAAAAUCCAGUGUGUUGAUGGAAAGUGGACAACCUUGCCGAUAUGUGUUGCGGAUGCGAGAAUGUGUGACAACGUUCCUGAACUUGAGCACGGCUCUGUAAAAUUUCCUAUGCCCUCCUACCGCCAUGGAGAUUCAGUGGAGUUCACCUGCUUGGAAACAUUCACAAUGAUUGGAAGCGGGGCAGUUUCAUGCAUUAGUGGAAGGUGGACCCAGCUUCCUCAAUGUAUUGCAACAGAUCAACUGGAGAAGUGUAAAGCACCGAGGUUUAGUACAGUGGGGUCAAAACUCCCUGAGAAGAGUGAAUUUAAUCACAACUUUAGCAUAAGUUUCAAAUGUAGAGGAAAGCAGGAAUACAAACAUUCAGUCUGCAUCAAUGGAAGAUGGGAUCCAGAGCCAACCUGUACAAGAAUAGAGAAAAAAUCCUGCCCUCCUCCACCACAGAUUCCAAAUGCCCAAGUGAUGGAAACCACAGUGAAAUACUGGGAGGGAGAAAAGGUUUCUAUUCUUUGUCAAGACAAUUACCAAACUCAGGACACAGAAGAGAUGGUGUGCAGAGAUGGAAGGUGGCAGUUGUUACCACGCUGUGUUGCGAAAAUCCCAUGUUCCCAGCCCCCUGAAAUAAACCACGGAUCUAUUAAAUUACCCAGAUUGUCAGAAGAAAGGAGAGACACAGCUGAGUCCAGAAGUUAUGAACACGGCACUACACUCAGCUAUGUUUGUGAUGAUGGAUUUAGAAUGGCUGAGGAGCAUGGGGUAACCUGCCACAUGGGGAAGUGGAGUGCUCCACCUCGUUGUGUUGAACUUCCUUGUGGACCUCCACCUUCAAUCCGUCACGGUAUUGUGUCUCAUGAACUAGACAGUUACCAACAUGGAGAAGUGGUGACUUACAGUUGUUCUGAAGGUUUUGGAAUUGAUGGAUCAGCAUUUAUUAAAUGUGUAGGAGGAAAGUGGUCCCAGCCACCAGCUUGCAUAAAAACUGAUUGUGACAUUUUACCCAGGUUUGAAAAUGCUGUACUCAUAGAAAAGGAAAAAAAAUCAUAUAGGUCAGGUGAACAAGUGAUGUUCAAAUGUGCACCAUCUUAUCAAAUGUAUGGAUCCAACAGUGUGACGUGUGUUAAUCGCAUGUGGAUUGGAGAGCUGGUAUGCAAAGAUUCAACAGGGAAAUGUGGGCCGCCUCCACCUAUUGACAAUGGGGACAUCACUUCCUUCCCUUUACCAGUAUAUGAACCAUCAUCAUCAGUUGAAUAUCAGUGUCAGUUCUUGUACCAACUGCAGGGCAACAAGAAAAUAACAUGUAGAGAUGGAGAAUGGUCUGAGCCACCAAAAUGUUUACAUGCAUGUGUACUAUCAGAAGAGAUCAUGGAAAGUCAUAAUAUAACUUACAGAUGGAAAGAAAACCGAAAUAUUUAUCUUCAAUCGGGGGAUUAUGUUGAAUUUAUGUGUAAAUAUAGAUAUAGAAAGGCUAAUACAUCACCUCCAUUACGUACAAUGUGCAUUAAUGGUCACAUUGAUUAUCCCAGUUGCUCAAGAAAAAUUCUUGGCUUAGUAGAUGAAUGAACCUUUGCUUAGAAAUGUGCAUGCAUAUUACUUACAUUUUAUCUUACAAUUUACAUUAUACUUAUAAUUUAUCUUUCAUGUAUUGUUUAACUCAUUUCUUUAUAUAAAUAUAUACUUUUGCUAAUGUAUGAUGAUUAAUGUGGAGCCUGAGACCACUGCCAUAAAUGCAAAAACAGCACAUUCAAACACCUUAACCAGAAUGUAAUGUGUCCUAGCAAAAUAAACAAUGGAGAGAAAUAGAAGUAAAAACUUCAGUGUCUGUUUCUAACUAUUACAUUUCAAAAUUUCUCCAAUCUUCCUCUAUACAUUUUGAUGUAAGGAUCUAAUUCAUGGUGAAUUGAAGACAUAUUGCUUCAUUUUCAGAUUUGUAUUAUUGCUCAUAUAAAUAAUAAUCAAACUGCCAUGUUAACAUUAGUAAUGAAUAUAGGUUAAUGUUACAUACUACUUUUGUAUUAAUAAAUAAAUCCAAGAAAGAUUUUACUCAUGAACUUUGGCACAUUGAAAUAUUCAAGCAAUUAUAGAAAGGAAUUAAAAUUUAGCUGGGUAUAGGAUUCUGUCAAUGACAUAAACCUAUAACUACUCUGUAUAACUGAUAAGCAGGCAAUGAGCAAUACAUUCUUUGUGCAAAUUUAAAAAAAAGGAGAAUAAAAAUAAAUGCAACAAAGUUUAUAAAAAGAAA